AAACUAUUUUCUUGAAAUACAACAUUAUGAACACAGAUAAUGAUCCAUUUGAUACUACGCAAAAGUUAAAAUCUAGUCCUGUACCUGUUUUAUUUAUUCCUCUUAAAGACAAUGAGGACAAAUGUAAUCAUUGUGGAACUGAAUACUCCAAAUCACUUAAGUAUAACCAAAAAUAUUGCAAAAAUUGUUUAUUUCGUUAUAUUCAAAAUAUAACAGUCAAUAAUAAAUACUUGAAUGUACAUUUAAGCACAAAUAAUUCUCAGUGUAUUAAACAUAAAACAACUAGAAAAGAUUUUUAUACAACAAGCAUUCAAGAAUGGUGUGAAUAUUGCUCUGAGAUUUUAUAUUUUACACAAGUAGUAACAAGAAAUAUAUAUUGUUGGCACAUUUUUAAUGUUGAACACUGCGAACUUUGUAAUUACAGGCGGUUAUCAAUUUAUCAGGUUUCUUCUGGAUGGGUAGAAUCAACUUUGAAUAAAAAGUCUAUUCUGAUUUUAUAUUUACCAUGGUGGGAUAGUUAUAGCCAGUGUAUAGUUUGUUAUGAAGAACUAAAAUAUAUAUAUCAAGAGUCAAAAUCUUAUUGUCAAAAAUGGUGUUCACAUUGUUUUAUAGUUUAUAAUGGAUGUAGGUAUUGUUUAACAACAAAUAUGAUUUUUGGAAUUACGGAUCAAUCUCAAUGUAAGAAAUGCAAAAGAACUUCAUUCAUUAGAAUUGACAUUACAGAUAGAAAUUACAUUAUAGAAGAAUUUCUUGCUUCUAUAAGAAUUGACAAUAAGAAUCUCCAUCUUAUUGGUAAUUAUAAGAACAGAAACACGAUUGGUUAUCCAUCUGGUCUUUAUUCGUUUAUUAAUAAAAAUCUUCGUUUAAGUCUACAUAAAAAAACAAUAAAAGAAAUAGAAGAAGUAAAAUGGAUUCCAUAUUCUCAAAUUACGGAUUUAAAGAAAAUAGCGGAGGGAGGAUUCAGCAUUAUUUAUAAAGCGACUUGGGAAGGAAUUGAUGUUGCUGUAAAAAAAUUACAUGAUUCACAAAAUAUCAGUAAAUACUUUUUAAAUGAGUUAAGAUCACUUUAUCAAUGUAAUGAUGGCAAUGAAUGGGUUAUUGGCUGUUAUGGCUUUACACAAGAUCCUAUAACAAAAGAAUAUAUGUUAAUAUUGAAUUAUGCAGAAGGUGGAAAUUUGCAUGAUUAUUUGCAAAAGAACUUUAUAAAUAUUACAUGGAACAAUAAAUUGUUUAUUUUACGAGGAAUAUUAAUCGGACUCGAAAGUAUUCAUAGUAAGAAUUUUAUACAUCGAGAUAUUCAUAGUGGAAAUAUGUUAUUAUCUGAAUAUUGGAAAGUUGGAGACUUAGGAUUAUCACAACCUGCAAAUAAUACAUUAUCAAAUAAUGAAAUAUAUGGAGUAAUACCUUAUAUUGCACCAGAAAUAUUUAAAGGUGCUGCAUUUUCAAAAGAAUCUGAUAUAUAUAGUUUCGGUAUGAUUAUGUGGGAAGUUACAACAGGUUGUAAACCUUUUGCAAAUGUUGAACAUGACCAUAAUCUCAUCUUUAAAAUUCUUGAUGGAGAACGACCUAAAAUUACGAAAGAUACUCCUGAAUGUUAUGACGAUUUAAUGAAAAAAUGUUGGGAUUCUAAUCCUUCAAAAAGACCAACUAUUUAUGAAAUCUCGAAUUCUCUUUUAUAUUGUGAUGCUAUUGUGGAAUUUGAACAAGCUGAAAAAAAAAGAUUGGAAUUAAUACAAUUAAAGAAACUUGGACCAGAAUUUAGUGAAAAGUCUCAUCCAAAAGCAAUUUAUACAAGUAGAGCAUUAAGUAAUUUGAUUUCUAAAGCUUCAACUAUAGGUUCAAUGGUUUCAUUUAAUAUGAAACAAGGUAUAGUAUAA